AUGGAUGUUAUUAGCUUUGACUAUCAACAAAAUUUGCCAGUACCUGUACUUCCAAUAGGUCAGAGCUUCACGCAGCCCAAUACAGGGAGAUAUCAAACAGAAACUCCUCAAUUUUCCAGUCCGAUUGAAAACAUCACGGUGGCUUUGGGCAGAGAAGCGGUCCUCAGCUGCACGGUCACUGAACUUGGCAAUUAUAAGGUUGGGUGGAUGAAAGCAGACGACCAAACAAUUCUCGCUCUGCACACCCGAGUGAUUACUCAUAAUCCUCGGAUCACAGUCAGCCAUGACGACAACCUGAACACGUGGCAGUUGCGGAUUAGACAGUUGAAAGAGUCCGAUAGAGGCUGCUACAUGUGUCAGAUCAACACGGGCGAGAUGAAGAAACAGAUCGGUUGCAUCGACGUUCACGGGAUAUUCAUCAGUGAUCAUACCUUAGAGUUUAUAAGGUGCCAUACUCCACAAAUGCUAACAAAAGGAUGGAAACAGAAAGGUGGAAACUUUGAUUGUGGAGGAACGGAUGAUAACUCUCAGAUUCUAGGCCCUCAGAUAUCGUUGUCCCGCAGGAUGCCCACCACAUAUACUACAUCACCGUGGUAA